AUGGAAAAGUUUUUGAAAACUCACCAAUGGCUACAAGGACCAGACUUCUUAUGGAAUGAUGAAGAUGAGUGGCCAAAGUGUUGUGAAAACUUGAACAUUCCAAUUGAUGACCCAGAAGUAAGAAGACCUGUGAAUGUUUGUACAAAUGAGACAACUCAACGUGAAGGAGUUGAAUGCUUAAUUCAGUACUGUUCAGACUGGUUCAAAUUAAUCAAGAUGACUGCAUGGCUAAUCGUCGAAAAGGAAUACUUAAAAUCUGCAGUGAAAGCUGAACAAGAAGAGCCCAAAGAGGACAGGACAAAGGAACGCAAAAAAGAAGUCAAGAAAAAAUUACAACUGACAAUUUCAAAGAGGACUGAAGCAGAAAAGGCUCUAAUGUAUUAG